AACAAUCGAAUAAUGAUCCUGAUCGAUUGAUGAAAAUGUUAAUGGAUCAUAAACAAGAAAUCGAUACUCAAUAUGAUUAUAAAUCGAAUCAGAAUUUAUAUAAACCAAUUGCUAGCCGUUGGAGUAAUCAUGAUGAUGGUAUCACUAGCGAUCAAAUUGGAUCGAUAAAUUUUGUUCCAAAUCAAAAUGUUUAUUCAUUAUUUAUGCCAGAUAUAACAACACCAAUCAUGUCAUCAUCAUCAUCAUCAUCAUCAGCUAUUCAUCAUGAUGAAGACAUACUACAAAUGUCAGGAACAAAUGAAAAAUCAAAAGUAUCAUCAUCAUCAUCAAUGAGGAAUGACAACCGGUAAUCAUUAUGUGCCAUCAUCACCAACAUCAUCAUCGUCAUCAUCAUAUCAUUCUCAACAAUAUUCAAAACAAUCAAAACAAAAACAGAAGCAGCAGCAACAACAACAACAACAACAAUCACCAUUAGGAAUUAUAUUGGGCCAUCCAAUGACCAAUGGUUUUGAUGGUCAUUUAUAUAUUCCUAUCUAUUAUCCAAAAUCAUGGAUUGUUCAUCCAUCAGCAAUUCAACAACAACAACAACAAGCAAUUCGAUCAAUACCGAUGCAAUAUUCAUCAUCAAAUUCAUAUCAUUCAUAUCAUUAUCCAUCAUCAUCAUCAUCAUCGCCAUCACAAUCGAAACCACAUUUUAGUAUGAAUAAUCCAACAAUAUAUCCAACAUCGCAUUCAUCUGCUGCUUUUGAAUCAUUUGUUGGACAAACAUUUACAUUACCCAAUACAGCCUCAUCAUCAACAUCAAAAACAAAUAUAAUGGAUCAUCGUCAUGAUCCAUCAUCAAUGUCUUUUGUUCUUCAACAAUUAGAUCAAACAUUAAUGCAACAACAACAGCAGCAACAGAUGAAUGUGGAAAAUAAUUCCAAAUCGUCAUCGAAAAAAGGUUUAAAUAAUUUAUGGAAAGCAUUGGGUAAACUUACAUCCAAUUUAUCACCAUCAUCAUCGGAAAAUACACGAUCAUCCAAAGCAAUGAUUGCCGAUGGAUCUGAACAAAUACAACCAUAUCAUCCUUAUCCAUUGAAACAUAUUGGCGGCCCAUAUUAUGUUGGACCACCUAUUCUUGGUAUUCAUGAUCCCGAUGUUGAACUUAAAUUUGCGAUGGAAACAUCAAAUAAUCAUCUGGAUCGAAGUGGAAAAAAUCUGGCUACUAACGAAUUUAUGGGUGAUUUUUUGAUGAAUGCUGCUCAUCACAAUGUAAUGGUCAAUGAUGAUCAUGAUGAUGAUAAUCCUUACUAUUAUGGAAUACAACAUGAUGAAAAUGAACCUAUCAUGAUUGUUGAUCAAAAUCAUCAUCAUCAUCAUCAUUAUCAAUCAGCACCUGUUCCUACAACAACAUCAACAAUAACA